AUGGGCUCCUUCGGUGGUAUCGCGUCUCAGCGUAAGGUCCCUCCCUCACAAUUCCAUGCCUCAAUAUCGAGGUCGCUCCACGAGGUGCCCAACCUAAUCUACAAGGAAGAGUUUGAAUCAAAUGGAGUCGCCGGUUUCAUGACCAAGGAGUCGUACGACAUCGCAUACAACCAGAACAUGGCCUUCCUCAACUCGACCACCAAGCAACUUGUCCUUUCCUUUGCUCGAAACCCUAGCAUGGCCGCCGUCUUCUCCGCCGCCAGCAUGGCCCACAACACGCAUUUCUUCUUCGAUUCGCUGUCGCCCUCCCUCGAUACCAACCACCUCGACAACUACCCUCUCCUCAAAGAAGCCCUUAUCAAGUCGUUCGGCAGCAUCGAUACGCUCUGGAGGACAAUGCUGACCACCGCAAACGCAAUGACUGGUCCUGGUUUCGUCUGGCUGGUCCAAGCAAAGCAGCGCUCCACCUCGGCCGCUGGCAACACAUCAUCCCUGCCCGAAUACAGAAUCAUGACCACCUACAAUGCUGGCACUCCAUACCCUGAAGCCAUCUACCGCCAACAGGGUGUUGACCAGAGCACGGCAACUGGAUACAAUGGCUCAGCUGGCUCCUUCGGUUCCACCUCUGCUCGUGGAAGAGACACACCCAAGCUUCCUCCGGGUACUGAGCUCAUCACUCCUGCGCUCUGUGUCAGCACUUGGGAGCACUGCUACCUGCCCCAAUAUGGCGUCGACGGAAAGGCAAAGUACCUGAUCGAGUGGUGGAAAUCCGUCAACUGGGGAGCUGUCGACAACAGAGUUGAAAAGAGACAGAAACUCGGUGACAACACCGGUUUCGACAAGGGCCCCAUUGUAUAA